GUACAAGAAACAAUAUAAGUCUACAAAAUAAACAUGCACUGACGUAGCUCAUGUCCUGUGGUCUCGAUUACAAGGGCUAUCCAUUUGGCUUUCUUCAUGCGGUGGUAUGACUUGGAAGAUGGCAAAGGAAUCCAAACUCUCCGUGUCCAUUCCUUCUGAAGAAGCGAACUCACUCGGCAACUCAACAAGCAUAAAGCCUUCUCUAACAAACUCGCUCAGGCACUCAGCAGUUGAGGGCCUUACCUCAGUUGCUGCCAAAACUGUCGUCUUUCUGUUGCACACACAUUUCAACGUCUUGGCCAAGCCAACCAUCUCCUCGGCGUUGUAGAACACAUCAGACAUCAAAACCAAGUCAAACUCACCGACUUCGCUCAAUGACUCGUCUGAUCCCCACAUGAGUUCCCUGACCUUGACUUGUUCACCAAGUCCGUUGGCUUCGACAUUCUUCAGCAAACCUGGAAGCAGCGGCUUGAUGUCGGUGAGCACAACUUGGCUCGCUCCUAGCCGGGCUGCGGUCAAGCCGGGGAGUCCAGCUCCUGCACCAAGCUCAAGCACGGUCUUGCCUAGAAAACUGAAGUUUGUUCGGCUUUGGUUGGUCAUCCAGUUGGAUAGGACCAAAGCCGAGGCCCAAAUCCAUGAGCCGGUGAGUGCUCGGCCAGUGGCCGGGUCACAAACGUCCUCGAGCUCAUGGAUUACAAGCGUGUCGUCGGCGACUUGGAUUUGUCUCAUGGCCAUUGACUCUGAGGCUAUUAGCUCCUCGGCUCCUUUACUUGAACUAGCUAUAUGGUAGGUGCUUUUUAUAUCCAAUGAUUCUCUGAAGUGGAGAUUGCUAACAGUUUAAAGUACGACUAUUCCAAUUCCCAGACAAAAUUGUUCUAUGAGAAUUUGUUCUGCUGGGAUGUGUUGGGAUUGGAAUAUGAAGCAAGUGCAUAGGCACCACCCAAUGGCAUUCUGGAAUACGCCGGGCCUGUUACGCCUUAGAUGUCCGUUAACGGAGGGGUAUCCACGUCAAUUCUAUGUCCAUGGUAAAUGAAUUUUAACUGAGCCACCUCCCUCUCACGUGCUAUUCAAUGGGCCUCAUCUUCUUCUUCUUCUUCUUCUUCGAAGACUUCGCGUCUGAUAUUGUACGAGUCUGGGAAAGGUGGAGAAAAGGUUUGGGAAGACGAAAUCGGUGGCGUUGAGUGGAUGAAGAAAGUGUAGGCAGGAGCUCAUGUUGGUUUUCAAGCUAUUGAAUGCAUCAAGUUCAGGUUGAAUUUCACCAGAAAGAUUAUUGUUAUUGAGUAUCAAUGCAAGCAGGCGAGCAGCUGAAAAAAGUCAAAAACCAACGAUGUUUAAUGGAAUUGAACCUGAUAAUGAGUUGUGUGAGAGAUUAAUCACUUGUAGAUAGGUUAAGUUUCCAAUCCUCGCCAGAAUAUAGCAAUCAAUUUUGGGGUAUUUCCCCUAAAAAAAAAAAACAGAGUAAUUUUUAAUUUUAUUUAAAAAAAGCGAGUAGUUUUUAAUGUAUAGGGAGAUACUAGUAUACUACUGGUAACGCUCCAGACUCCAAUAGGAGUAGGCAAUAUUCCUAGAUUUGAGGAUCUUGUUCUAUAUAACAGCACAAUGCAUAUAGAUUUCUGAAAGGGUCGGGCGUCGAUCAAUAUUCAUGAUAAACAGAGACUCUAAGCAGAGACUUUUUUAGGGUUUUAGCUCAAUCCUAAAACAUGGCGUCUGUGAUGACAGCGUUUCGAAGCAGAACCCUAACUUCCUUGUUUAAGGUACAUCGCUUUCCUCCUCUUUGCUUCACCUCUCUAAUUCCCAGCAGAAAUAACAUUCAGACGCCAACAACAACCUGCUUCACCAAAACUCUAUGCACCUCUCCUGCCCACCAUGGAAUUGGUUCUUCCUCUGAUGAAGAGGAAAUAGUGAUUAAUAAGCCUAAGGUAGAAUACAGGAGAAAUCAAACAAACAUCGCACUCGGAAUCACAAAGAAGCUGCUUCUGAACGAAGCCAAGGACUCAAACCUAGUAUGCGCGCCGCUUUCCAUUCAAGUAGUGCUCUCUCUUCUCAACUCUAAAACCAAUUCCACCUUUGACGACCGUGCGUUGGCGUCCGAGCUCGCGGCUCGGGUGUUUGCAGAUGGGUCCCAAAAAGGUGGGCCCCGCGUAUCAUGUGCCAAUGGCCUCUGGGUGGACGAGUCAGUCCAUCUGGAGCCUUCUCUGGAACAGGCAGUGGGCAGUGCCUACAACUCGGCUCUGCACCGAGUGGAUUUCAAAACCGAAUAUGAGGAAGUGAGAACUAGAGUUAAUUCAUGGGUGGAAGAGGAGACUAACGGCCUCAUCAAAGGUGUUCUUUCUCCGGGCUCAGUAAACAGCCUAACGAGGCUCCUAUUUGCAAAUGCAUUGUACUUCAAAGGAGAUUGGGCCGACAAGUUUGCUGCAUCAUUGACGAAAAAGUAUGACUUCCACCUUCUCAAUGGGAACCCAGUUAAGGCAGUGCCCUUCAUGACCAGCUGCAGGGAGAGGCAGUACAUAAGUGAAUUUGAUGGAUUCAAAGUCUUAAAACUUCUGUACCGAACAGGAAAAGACAAGAGGCUGUAUUCCAUGUGCUUGUUUCUUCCGGAUGCAAAAGAUGGUCUGCCAGCUAUGGUCGAGAGACUUAAUUCUGAGUGUGGCUUAAGAAGCCACAUUCCAUAUUCAAAACAAAGGGUGGGUGAGUUCAGAAUUCCAAAGUUCAAGUUUUCUUUCGACUUUGCAGCUGCCCGUGUUCUUAAGGAGUUGGGACUUCUGGGAGGUUUGACAGAGGAGGUGAAAUCACGCGUGGGUGAGCCACUAUAUAUUCCCAGCAUCUAUCAGAAAGCCGUCAUUGAAGUUAAUGAGGAAGGCACCGAAGCUGCAGCUGUUACUUUCGGGGUGGAAAUGUCUGCGGCUUCACCUUGUCCUCCCAAACCUAAAGUGAUAGACUUUGUGGCUGAUCACCCAUUCAUGUUCGUGAUUAGAGAAGAAGUAACGGAAACAGUUCUGUUCAUUGGUUAUGUGCUCAAUCCACUACUUAAGGGCUGAUUAUUACGGUAUGGAGGCCAAGAAAAUAGGCCUGUGAUAUUUGGGUUUCUUAGUUUUAUUAGGCCCAGCUGCUUUUGCUUUUCUUUGCAUGUGUAGCUUCGUGAAAGGUUUUAUUAUUUUCAAUGUAAUCAGGACGCUCGGAUCGGAUUACAGAAAUUAUAUAUGCUUUAG